AAAGGAAAAGAAAAGACAAAAAAAUUAAAAAAUUCUCCGUCCCACUCCCUUUAUUUAGCAACAAUGAUGAGAAAGCAAAAAGAAAGACUCCAAAGAUCUAUAAACAGAAAAGAGGAAAACAAAAACCCUAACCCUAAUUCUAUACAAACCACUCUUAUUCUUCAUAGCCAGCCCAAACUUCUUUUUCUUUCAUCUAAGAUUCAAUUAUUUUUCUUGCGAAUUCCAUUGUGAAUGGUAGAAAUCCUCAAGAACUUGUUAAUGAUCUCCCCUUUAACUCCAAAAAGGGGGAUCUCUGUUUCUUCUUCUUUCUCCUUUGGCUCUUGCAAAGAAGGCUGGUACUUUCGUUGCCUUGGCGUUGACCCUUAGACUCUGUCGCCUUUUUUCUCACCGUUUCUUGAAAACUCAAAUCUUGAUUUUUUCUUCUUUUUGCCCUGAUUUGUUUGAUUGAAAAUAAAUUUUGGAAAAUACCCAGAAAAAAAUUGAAAUUAAAAACAAGAUGUUGCUUUACAAGCCAAAGAAGAAUCAAACCGGAAAAGGAAACCGGAUUUUGAUUAGCAUUACGGUUCUUGGAAGUGCCGGUCCGAUCCGGUUUGUGGUUAAUGAAGAGGAGCUUGUGGCUGAUGUUAUUGAUACUGCAAUGAAAGCUUAUGCUCGGGAAGGUCGCCUUCCUGUUCUUGGUUCUGACUUCAGUAACUUUGUGCUUUAUUGCCCCAGUGCUGGAACUGAAGCUUUGAGUCCAUGGGAGACUAUUGGAUCGCUUGGAGUUCGUAAUUUCAUGCUGUUCAAGAAGUCGUCACAGGGUGAGAACCCAGUUGAUGAUGGGAAACAGUCACCAAUGGUCAAAAAGGGAGCUGGAAACUGGAAGGCAUGGUUUAAUAAGAAGUCAAUCAGUCUCAAGAUAGCAUCUCACUGAUUAAGUACACUCGGCCUUUUUAAAAAACUUUUGUCUGUUGUGUCUGUCGCAUAUUCCGUGUUACAUGCGACCUAAUAAACGAGUGUAGUAUUUGUGUUUUCAAUAAUAACAAAGUAUAACCUUUUUCAGCUGUUUAGUUCUUGAGUGUGUUCAACGUUUUAUUUUCUUUGAACCGGGUAUAAGGUCCUGUUGGUGUUUCAGUAAUCAAAUGACAAGGACCCAUUUUAUAUGAAA